UUCUCUCUCACUAUGUGGGGAAAAACUGACGUGGCAUUCUACUGAGCCUGAAAACAGAGGCGUGGACAGCAAGACAAAAUCAGAUUUUCUUCAUUUAUUUGGAUUAGGAAUAAUUCCUCUUCCAAAGUGCUCUGCACAUCUUCUUGAAGAACUCAUUCACAGAACUUAAGGAAAAACACUGGUCAAACAGUAUCUUCCGCUACUCCCCAUUGGCUUUCAAUAUGAGUGGUCUGGUAGGGAAGCUGGAUCCUCGCAGGAUACAGUGGGGGUCGACAUGGAACACCUUUGCAUCCCGUGUCCUCAGGACCAAGCCUGUGGAGUCCAUGUUAGAUUCAGCCGUAUCGGGUACAAGCUCACAUGGAACCAGACUGGCCCGGGUUUUGUCUACGGUGGACCUAGUGUCGCUGGGUGUGGGCAGCUGCGUCGGGACGGGGAUGUAUGUGGUCUCUGGACUGGUCGCCAAGGAGAUGGCUGGCCCUGGGGUCAUUGUGUCCUUUAUUAUUGCUGCUGUUGCCUCCAUUCUGUCAGGAGUAUGCUACGCAGAGUUUGGUGUCCGUGUGCCUAAGACCACAGGUUCAGCCUACACAUACAGCUACGUGACAGUGGGGGAGUGUGUGGCUUUUUUCAUCGGUUGGAACUUAAUUCUGGAAUAUCUGAUUGGCACAGCAGCGGGGGCGUCAGCUCUCAGCAGCAUGGCGGACUCACUGGCCAAUCACACCAUCAGCAACUUUAUGACUUCACACAUUGGAACACUCAACGGCUUAGGUAAAGGAGAACAGUCCUACCCAGACCUACUGGCACUGCUGAUAGCACUGCUGGUGACAGUGAUAGUGGCUUUGGGAGUGAAGAAUUCUGUUGGUUUCAACAACGCAUUGAACGUCAUCAACCUUAUAGUGUGGGUGUUCAUGAUGAUCGCUGGCCUGUUCUUUGUAAAUGGGGAGAACUGGGACGAGGGGAGAUUUCUGCCUUUCGGCUGGUCAGGGGUGAUGCAGGGUGCAGCCACCUGCUUCUAUGCCUUUAUUGGAUUUGACAUCAUUGCUACAACAGGAGAAGAGGCCAAGAGUCCCAACACCUCCAUCCCCUAUGCUAUCACCGCCUCACUCAUCACCUGCCUCACUGCCUAUGUCUCUGUGAGUUAGCUUUAUAACAUAUUGCAUAAACAAACAUGACCGCUCUAUUCUUUAUAUAUCUAUUGUUAUAAUCUAUUGUUAUUCACACUAAUAGUUUUGUGCAUAACAAAGUAGAGCGUCAUUCAUGUUAUGGUGGUUUCCGUUGAUAUAUUUUGUAAAAUGACUUAAUUUAAUUAUAAACCUAAAGAAUAUUGAUCACUUAUCAUGUGCUGAAAUUCAGCUUUAGCUUCAGCUGUCUGCUCUCCCCCAAAUGUUGACAAGUUUCCAAUACACGGAAUGAAUAAAUAUGAAGAUGCUGUAUUUCAAAUUU